AUGGGCUGGUGGUCGUGGUCAUCCUCCAGCAAAAAUGAGCAACAACAACAAGAAUCAUCAUACAUCCAACCUACAUCGUCAACACCACCGUUAACGCGUGGCCAACAACAAGCCGACAACGAACUACGAGACUUCCUCAAAAGCCUCGAACCAUCAUCAUCAGCCCCACCAUCCUCAUCACAACCCAACCUCUCCCCAUCGCCCCCAGACCAAUCCCACGAAACAAAAUCCAUAUCCCCCGACUCCCUCUACCCAGACACCAUGUCCUGCCGCUCCGCCUUUGACUACGCGUUCUUCUGCCAAUCCUUCGGCGGGCAAUGGGUCAACGUAUACCGGUACGGCGAGUUGCGCUCCUGCAGCGAACACUGGGAGAAUUUCUGGCUAUGCAUGAAAGCGCGCGGACUGCGAGACGACGAUGCGCGCAAGGAGAUGAUUCGCGAUCAUUACCGGAAGAAAGCGAUCAAGUAUAAGACUGGUCCGAGCAGUGAGGAUGUGUGGGAGGUUAGGAUGGAGCCGUUAGAGGGCGCGUUUCAGGGGGAUUUCGAUGCGUUGGAGAGAGGGGAGAGAGGCAAAGGAGGUCAGCAAGGGCAGAAGGAAGAGCAGGCUCUUGCUACGGGGUCGUCAAGGUGA